CGAGCCCGGGGGGUGGGAGGGGCGGUUCGGCUCCUCCCAAGCAGGGCCUGCAAUGGCCGAGCCGCCCGUGGGCAGGAUGCAGAGCGCGGACAAGUCGAUAGGUACUGGUGAAGAAAAACGAAAGGAUGGAGGCAAAAAGAAGACUAAAGAAGGAGCUGGGGAUGGAGGUCGGGCAGAGUUGAAUCCCUGGCCUGAAUAUAUCAAUGAGCGUCUUGAGAUGUAUAAUAAACUUAAAGCAGAACACGAUUCCCUUCUGGCAGAAAAAGCUGCAAAAGAUGGCAAACCUAUCAAAGUCACUUUACCUGAUGGCAAACAAGUUGAUGCUGAAUCCUGGAAGACCACACCUUACCAAAUUGCUUGUGGGAUUAGUCAAGGCCUGGCUGAUAACACAGUUAUCGCUAAAGUGAAUAAAGUCGUGUGGGACCUGGAUCGCCCUUUGGAAGGAGACUGUUCCUUAGAGCUGCUCAAAUUUGAUGAUGAAGAAGCUCAAGCAGUAUACUGGCACUCAAGUGCACACAUAAUGGGUGAAGCCAUGGAGAGAGUCUACGGUGGUUGCUUGUGCUAUGGUCCGCCAAUAGAAAAUGGUUUCUAUUAUGAUAUGUAUCUUGAGAAUGGAGGUGUUUCCAGCAAUGACUUUGCUGUUUUGGAGAGCUUAUGUAAGAAAAUCAUGAAGGAGAAACAGCUAUUUGAAAGACUGGAAGUCAAGAAAGAAACUUUACUUGAGAUGUUUAAGUAUAAUAAAUUCAAAUGCCGCAUCUUGAACGAAAAAGUGAAUACUCCAACUACUACUGUCUAUAGAUGUGGUCCCUUGAUAGAUCUGUGCAGAGGUCCUCAUGUCAGGCAUACAGGCAAGAUAAAGACUUUAAAAAUUCACAAGAAUUCUUCUACCUAUUGGGAAGGCAAAGCUGAUAUGGAAACUCUGCAGAGGGUUUAUGGCAUUUCAUUCCCAGAUCCAAAAUUGUUGAAAGAGUGGGAGAAGUUUCAGGAGGAAGCGAAGAAUAGAGAUCACAGGAAGAUUGGACGGGAUCAAGAACUGUAUUUCUUCCAUGAACUCAGUCCUGGAAGUUGUUUUUUCCUGCCAAAAGGAGCCUACAUCUAUAACACACUUAUUGAAUUCAUUAGGAGUGAAUACAGGAAACGAGGCUUCCAGGAAGUUGUCACCCCGAAUAUCUACAACAGCAAACUCUGGCUGACCUCUGGACACUGGCAGCAUUACAGUGAAAAUAUGUUCUCCUUUGAAGUGGAGAAGGAGAUCUUUGCUCUGAAACCCAUGAACUGCCCAGGACACUGCCUUAUGUUUGAUCAUCGCCCAAGAUCUUGGCGGGAGCUGCCCCUGCGACUAGCCGACUUUGGAGUGCUCCAUCGUAAUGAGCUGUCGGGCGCUCUCACUGGGCUUACCAGAGUUCGGCGAUUCCAACAAGAUGAUGCUCACAUAUUUUGUGCAAUGGAGCAGAUUGAAGAGGAGAUAAAGAGUUGCCUGGACUUCUUGAAAACUGUGUAUGAUGUGUUUGGGUUUUCUUUUAAAUUGAAUCUUUCUACUCGUCCUGAAAAGUUUCUUGGAGAUAUUGAAGUGUGGAAUCAAGCUGAGAAGCAACUGGAAAAUAGCCUGAUUGAAUUUGGCGAGAAGUGGGAAUUAAACCCAGGGGAUGGAGCUUUCUAUGGACCCAAGAUCGACAUUCAGAUUAAGGAUGCAAUUGGUCGCUACCACCAGUGUGCAACAAUCCAGUUAGACUUUCAACUUCCAAUCAGAUUUAAUCUUACUUUUGUUAGCCAUGAUGGUGAUGACAAGAAAAGGCCAGUAAUUGUUCAUCGAGCUAUCCUGGGGUCAGUGGAACGUAUGAUUGCUAUCCUGACUGAAAACUUUGGAGGCAAAUGGCCCCUUUGGCUGUCUCCACGGCAAGUGAUGGUGGUGCCAGUGGGACCUACAUGCGAUGACUAUGCUCAGAAGGUCCGGCAGCAGUUUCAUGAUGCUCAACUGAUGACCGAUGUUGAUCUGGAUCCAGGAUGCACUCUGAACAAGAAGAUCAGAAAUGCCCAACUAGCACAGUAUAACUUUAUCUUAGUGGUUGGUGAAAAAGAGAAAACAAGUGGAACUGUUAAUAUCCGCACAAGAGAUAAUAAAGUGCAUGGAGAGCGCACCAUCUCAGAAACCAUCGAGAGGUUACAGCAGCUGAAACAGUCCCGCUGCAAACAAGCUGAAGAAGAGUUUUAAUCAAGGCUUUUUUUUCUAGUUGGCUUGGCCUAAAACGCACACCAGCCUUUUCAUAAUGUUAAAUUAGUAAUGGAUUGUAACAACUUCUUUAGAGUGCCCUGAAUUUGUAAUGUGAGGCACCUUUAAGUGUCUAAUUUUUACUGCUUUCAGGCAAUGCUGAAAUGUAUUGGGAACAUUUAAUUAAAUUGGACACAUUCGAAACUGG